GUGCUUGCCUGAUGUAUCUACUCAGCAACCGUAUGUCUCUAUCGUAGUACAUUGUGAUGGGUUAGUUUUAUUGUGUUUUUAGGUACAACUUCAACAUGUUGACGGGUUGGAGGCUUGCUCUGUCAAAGUUAUUUCUCAUACCUCAGCGGUAUGUGUUCGCAAUCAUGGCCCUGUUGGCGAUCGCCAACGCUUACACGAUGCGGGUGUGUCUCAACAUGGCCAUCACGCAGAUGGUGAGGAAGACGACGGCGGUGGAGGGCGACCCGCAUUACGACCCGAACGCAUGCCCGGACCCGAGCACGGAGACCGUCGUGUCAGGAAACACGACCGCGGACACUUACUUUCAAAGCGAGGAAAUAUUAUUCGAAUGGAGCGAAGCCACUCAAGGCCUGCUUCUCAGUGCAUUCUACUACGGCUACGUCCUCACACACAUUCCGGGGGGUAUGCUGGCAGAGCGGUACGGAGGCAAAUGGGUUCUCGGCUUGGGUCUCCUCUCUACCGCUGUUUGUACGUUCGUCACCCCUGUUGUGACUAAAAUGGGAGGGGCACCGGCACUGUUCGCCUUGAGAGUUAUUGAAGGGUUUGGUGAAGGUCCAACUAUGCCUGCACUGAUGUCAAUGGUGUCCCGCUGGGCUCCAAUGACUGAACGUGCGAGGAUAGGUUCCAUCGUGUUUGGAGGUGCUCAGAUUGGGAACAUUGCGGGGACGUUCUUCUCUGGAAUAGUUUUAAGCGACGGGGUCUGGGACAACGUGUUUUACUUGUUCGGAGGAUUGGGACUGCUUUGGUUUGCUCUUUGGACAAUCCUCUGCUACAGCACGCCUAACACUCACCCGUACAUAUCGGACAAGGAAAAGAAGUACUUAAACGAGAAUGUAGCAUCACUGAUCAGCACCGCUGAACACGAGUUAGACCCAGUACCUUGGAAGGCGCUGUUGCGCUCCGUGCCAUUGUGGGCUUUAAUUAUUGCGGGAGUCGGACACGAUUGGGGAUACUUCACAAUGGUCACCGAUCUCCCCAAGUACAUGACGGACGUGCUGAAGUUCAACAUCAAGGCAGCUGGGGUGUUGUCUUCCAUGCCCUACGUCGCUAUGUGGAUAGCCGCCUUCUUCUUCGGGCUGAUGUGUGACUUCUGUGUCAAACGAGGAUAUCACAGUAUUCUAAAUGCAAGAAAAAUAUAUACUACAAUAGCUGCCACGGGCCCCGGUAUUUGCAUCAUCAUGGCUUCGUACUCUGGCUGCGACACUACACUGGCCGUGUUCUGGUUCGUGGCAGCCAUGACACUCAUGGGCGCGUAUUACAGCGGGAUGAAGAUAAACGCUCUGGACAUCACGCCGAAUUACGCUGGCACCACCACCGCCAUGGUUAACGGCAUAGCAGCUAUAUCUGCUAUUAUAACGCCGUAUCUCAUUGGCCUUUUGACUCCACAGUCGACGUUAGCGCAAUGGCGGAUAGCAUUCUGGGUAUGUCUCGCGGUGUUAGUGAUCACCAAUGUCAUCUACCUCAUCUGGGCGCAAGGAGAACCCCAAUGGUGGGACGAUGUCAAAAAGUACGGCUACCCUCCCAACUGGAAACAUGGACCUCUGCCCACCAAGAAGAAAGACAGUGAAGCGCCAAAUAGUGAAAGUAAAGACAAGCAGAAAUAUUGUAUGACCCUUACAGGAUGGAGACUAAUAUUAAAUCGAAUAAUGAUCAUACCCCAGCGCUAUGUCCUCGGUGUCUUGGGUCUAUUUGCAUUAGCGAACUCUUUCACAAUGCGGGUCUGUCUCAGCAUGACGAUCACGCAGAUGGUAACGCACACGGCUUCCACUGAACACAUAAUUGGUGAAACUUGUCCUGACAUAUCGAACGUUACUUCCAGAGGGGCUCCUAAUGUGACGUUGAUGAUAUAUGAGCGUCGAGAAAAAUAUGACUGGAGCGAAGCUACCCAGGGAUUCUUGCUUAGUGCCUUUUAUUAUGGAUACGUGCUGACUCACCUGCCCGGCGCUCUUCUGGCAGAGAAGUUUGGCGGAAAAUGGACUGUUGGGCUCGGUCUGUUGACUACGUCUGUGGCCACCGUACUCACCCCGUGGGCUGUCGCUCUCGGAGGCGCUGUCGGGUUGUUUAUAAUCCGCGUUAUUGAGGGAAUGGGAGAGGGCCCAGUAACACCAGCUUUUGUACUGUUAUUAGCGCGAUGGGUACCCCCGUCGGAGCGGUCUCGAUUUGGCGCUAUGAUAUUCGGUGGCGCCCAAAUUGGUAACAUUUUUGGGCCCUACAUCUCAGGAUUGCUGCUGAAUAAUGGCGGAGAUUGGGCAAACGUGUUCUAUGUGUUUGGAGGAUUGGGGAUAGUAUGGUUCAUAUUCUGGAGCCUCUUGUGCUACAGCACCCCAAACACCCAUCCGUACAUAUCGGAUCGGGAGCGGGACUACUUGAAAGAGAGCGUCAUCGCAUCCGGUCUGCACAGGAAACUGGACCCGGUGCCAUUUAAGGCUCUGUUGAGAUCGCCGCCGCUUUGGGCCCUCGUCGCUGCCGCUAUCGGGCACGAUUGGGGCUACUUCACAAUGAUCACCGACCUCCCCAAGUAUUUCUCCGACGUGCUCCGCUUCAACAUCAAAGAGACCGGCCUCAUGUCCGCCUUGCCCUACAUGGCUAUGUAUGUCUCCUCGUUUCUGAUGGCUGGCCUGUGCGAUCUGUGCAUCAAGAAGAAAUGGCACAGCAUCAGCACGGGCAGGAAGAUAUACACCACCCUAUCCUCUUCCGUGCCGGCAGUUUUUAUCAUGCUGGCCUCGUACUCGGGUUGCAACCGCGCGAAGGCCGUCGGCCUCUUCAUAGCGUCCAUGGUUUUCAUGGCAGGCUUCUAUAGCAGCGUCAAGAUCAACGCAAUGGACAUCGCGCCGAACUACGCAGGGACGUGCUCUGCAUUUGCUAAUGGAAUCGCGGCGAUUUCUGGCAUGAUUACGCCUUAUUUGAUCGGAUUGUUGACUCCUGAUCAAACAAUAGGACAGUGGCGUAUUGCAUUCUGGACAGUAUUCGCGGUGCUAAUAGGCACUAAUAUCAUUUACUUGAUCUGGGGAAGCGGUGAACCUCAGUGGUGGGAUGAUGUGGACAAGUACGGAUAUCCUCCAGAUUGGAAACAUGGCCUGCUGAAGAAACGACCUCCAGAAACUGAAAAGAAGAUAGUGUGCCCGAAGCAUGAUCAUUCACCCGUCUCGACUGACUGA